AUGAAGAUACACUUUCUCCUCUUGGUAGUAGUACUUCUGGUGAUCCUUGUCGAGUUCAGCGUCCAAAGGUCUGGGAACGUUUGUUCUCGGACAAUCUGCAGCUACAAACACGUGAGACGAUGUGCAUAUCGGACGUGGAGGAGCUGCUGCUACUACAAGUGGUACUGGGUGCCGGAUUAUCGGACUGUAUAUUUCUGCUGUCCUGGCUGGACAACCUCAACCGACCAGAACUGUAACCGACCAAUCUGCAGCCCUACCUGUAAGAACGGGUGUACCUGUGUGCUACCCAACACCUGUCAGUGUAGUGAUGGCGCUAUAGGACCAACGUGUAACACGUUGGUAUGUAACUACCAGAGGCCCUGUUUCCCCGGUAGCUGUACACCAGGUUCCAGUGUCAACUGUGACUGUUCUUCAGGCUUCACGUCUCCGUCAACUCGUCCGAGUGACUAUAGACAAUUGGAAUCACCCCAGAAGCCAGAGAUUUACGAGAUCGGCGCCAGACUGUCGUUCUGGCAGCGGGGCACCGGGAUGCUAACCAUGGAGACGUAUUCCCUGUACGUGGACUCCACCAUGUCCAAUGUUUCUGACUCCGUGUGGACAAACAGGGAGAGAUUCAACUGGGUGAACGUCACUGCGUCUGCCCAUUACAUGACGGAUAAUCACACUCAGCCCUUUUUCAUCAAGAGCUAUGGCAUCGGUAUUGCUAAAGCCGAAGUUGACAUUCAUCACGAGAAACUACCUUUGACUGGGUCAACUCCGAUUGUCAGUAUUGACACAACUCUGCCCUGCACACCGACUGUGUCUUCCCACAACCCCACCUCCGACACCUACUACUGUGACAUUAUCAAACCAGACUACAACAGAUCUCUGGAAAACGGAGAUACACUUAUUCUAACAUUCAAGGCCUGGAGCGGGGGUUACCGGGCACUCCAGGAAGAAACUUUUUCUGGCCUGAUAGACAGAGGAAACCAGAACUACACGGGACAUAUGGUAGAUCAGUCUAUGCAGUUCCGUUUUGACUUCAAGGAACCAACCCAUAGCUGCCUGGGUCAAGGGUCACCCUGUUUAGGUGAACCAUUUUCAAUGACGCAAGAUGUGACAAAGAAUCCAAUCAAUCUCCGCUGGUCCAACUGGAAUGAUUUUCUUUCUGGCAUGUACCGCUAUGCCUGGGAGGUAUUUAAACUACAGGUGGAUGGGAACCAGGUUCUGAAGGAGUAUGAACCCUUGAAUCCCAUAUAUGGACCUGUUGAAGUCAAUCAGUCGUCAUCUCCCUCCAACUCCUUCCAAGCCAUCUACACACCAACUGCUCCUGGAGUGUACUCCUUCAUCCUGGAGGCCUCGGACAAGGCCAAUAACUCUGUCUUUGUCAGGAGAAUCGCCAUAUACGACCCCGUGUCCAGUGUUACUAUAGAUACAGGGGCACACAACCGUCUAUACAUAUCUUCGGCGGAUCCUAAUGGCGGGUACAACUGGCAAGAUGAUCCAUCUACAGAUAUCGAGAUCACGUGGACCAACCACUUUGUCAACCUGAUGCACGAGCAGGGCAAGUGGUUGAACCAAGUCCUCCAAUACCCGCCACAGCUCGAGGACUUCUUGAAGAACAUCCCCAGAGAGUCCAGACAGGACGACCACGAAGGAAACAGGACAGUAGACGCAAUACAAAACAAGAGAGGUGUUGUCAAGUUUGAGAUAGCUUAUGUGAAGGACAGCAACGCCGGUGUGAAUCAGGCGGAAUGGACUGAUGUUGGACUCAGUGAAAUAUAUACCAUACCUCCAGGUUCACACCUAGGUCCACUGACGAAGAGCGACACGGUGACAGUUUGGGUGAGAGCUACAGACGUCCUAGGCAACACCCGGAUAGAUUCAACCAGGGUACAUUUUGAUGAUACACCGCCUGAAGUCGAGCAGCCUGUGUUCAGGAGGAACGUCCAGACGAAUAACGUUUCAUUCAGUUCAACUGUUGAAGUAAACGUUCUGGACAUGCAGAGCGGUAUGAAACGUGUGGACCUCUUCAUCUGGAAAACUGACAGCAACCUGGCGAUUGUUAAUGAAACGUUGCCUCACGACCGUAGAUUCCUGUAAGGUUUUUUCAACGUG